AUGCCACCAGGCCUCGCCAUCGGCGUUGCAGCCUUGUUCAAUACAUGUAUCGACAGUUUCAAAAUCAUCUUUGCGGCACAAGACUUCGCGAGAGACUUUGAAAUACUGGACACAAGGUUCCAGCAGCAGAGACUGCGGCUAUUACUAUGGGGACAGAGUGUUGGCAUCGUCACACGCCAGGGCGCAAAAGCGAGACCGUACUUACGGGAGCUGGAUGCCGACCACAUUAAGCCGACCAUUCUCAGAUCUUUGGGAUCAAUAAACUCUCUUUUGGAGCAGUUCAACGUGCUUGAACGCAGAUACGGGCUGAAGGAUCACACCACUGCCGGCUUAAUUAAUGUCAGUGGGUCAAGAGUUGCGGCUUUCAGAGAGAUGGUCAAGAGGAAUCAAAGUCAAAAGGGCCCGAAAGCUCUUGCAAAGUGGGCAGUAUUCGAUGCAGAGCAGAUGCGGGAUGCCAUCGAGCAACUAAGAUCACUCAUUGACGGCCUCGUCCACAUAACAAACGAAUUGAAGGAUGCUCUGGAACCGGAUCAGGGGAUGUCAGCAUUGUUUCUCUGCAUGGCCAAUCUUUCCGGAUCAGUGAACAUUAUGAGCCAAGUUCGUGCAGUUUCAGCACCUUCACAACAAUUGUUAGCACUCGACUUGCAUAUGUCGGCAGAGACGUUCCACACAGCUCAGGAGCUUAUUGAUUCGAUUGAUACCUUCAUAACAGCACCUUACACGACUGAUCAAUCAGGCACUUUCUUCACUACUGAGGAAAUUACCUCGAUGUCACCUGCGCAAAGCAACAGCAACAACCAUGACGGUAUCCCGGCACCAUCCUUGGCUUCGUUCACCUUCUCUAUGCCCGUCCGCCCAGCACGCAGGGAUCACAACACGAUGCCUUCUAGAGAUAACGUCUGCCCCAGCACAGAGCAUACCUACGCCAAACACUUCCCUACCGACCAAAGUAUUUUUAUUACCCAUCAGGACGAGGUCGUUGAUGGGGACAUGAAGUUGGAAAUGUGCAUUCAUUUGCCGGCUCUUACGACAUUUCUUUAUCUUCGACUCUUCUACUUGACGAUAAAGAGCUUGAGAGAACGCAAAUUUUCUUUCCGCCGCCAUGGGUGGACGGGUCGCGAAAUCUGCCGCUCGGGGCUUAGCCGUGGUCCAGACCACAAAGCAGCACGCAAAGAACACCACUCAUCAACGUCGCUCUUCUCGAGAAAAUUGGAUCGUUUUCAAGAAAGAACCAAAACGUCUUAUGGUAGCAUGCAACAAUUAGCGAGAAACUCUGUCCAAAGCUUUCGCAAUUCGAGGAGGUCCUUUUCUAGUAGCCGCGGUUCAGCGUCGUCGCUAAGCUCGACCUUCUCGGCUUCAUCUCUGGAGCCUUACGAUGACAAAGAAGACAUAAUUGAAAGAGUGGAGGAAGUAGUGGCUGAACAAACAUCGAGGAAGAUCAUCCAGCUUGACUUCACGAACUACGCCCGCGUCGUACUGCAACGGAGUGGCCGAGCGAGAGCCAAACGAUACACUUUCUCCUAUUGGGGUCACAACUAUCAGUGGAAACGUAGAAUAUAUCUGAGACAAAAACCAGUUUCUGAAUGCUACGGACACUCUUUCUAUCUCUAUCGGGAAGAUCUGAAUGAUGCAAUUGCUCAGAUCGAACCUAUUCUCGACGCCGUAGUUGUCAACAUUGGCUGGGUUCCACCGUGCGAGCUGCGCUUCACGGAUUCGAAGCUUUUAAGGGGCAAUCAUGAACUUAGCGAGUGA